GGGGCACGUGUGCACACUAUGCUGUGAGUGCUGCCUCUCUCCUCUCUCUCCCACUCCACAUCCACGCACGCCAGAGUAGACAAGCGCCUCCCUCGGCUGACUCCAACUCCCUUUCCAUCCUCUCCCCUUCCUCACAGACACAACGACACAACACUGAGAGCUGGAGCUGUUCCGGGAUUAAUUACCCCACUUCACUUAUCCCCCCUGCUGAUGUUUAUUGAACACCUGUGGGACAAUUUCAGAGGCUUCCUAAGUCGCCAGUCCAUUUGCGAUGUCACAGGUGAAUUAAGAUAUGGUGAGGAAGACCCAUCACAAACAGAUUAUAACGGCAAUGUAGACAUCCUGAGAAGCAGACGGGCUGAUGUUUAAAAUGAAUGACACACAAGCAGAAAUGGAGCUUUUGAGCAACAGCAUGGCAACAUAUGCCCACCUCAAAGAAAACGUGGAGAGUUUUGCCCUGUUCUUCAUGUUAGGCGUGUGUUCCGGCUUGCUCGUGGCCUUGUGCUUGCUGGUGUUAGGUCUCGCGUGCCGGCCGCGCGCUAAACAAGCUCCUCGCUCACCUGACAAGCGGCAGCUGAGAGAGUCGAGCGAGGAAGAUGAGGACGAUGAGGAAGACGGCGAUGAGCCAAGCCAGGUGAAAGAUGACGAAGAAGCGGAGAUUCCUCGAGUGACGGUGGCGCCCAUGAGCGAUCUCAGCCAGUCCAACGGAACCUUGCGAAGUGUAAACGUCUUCACUUCAGCUGAGGAGCUGGAGAAAGCGCGAAGAUUGGAGGAGCGGGAGCGCAUCGUCAGGGAGAUCUGGAGAAACGGACAGCCAGACAUACUGGCGACGGGCACAGGCACUCUUGGACGGGUACACUACCACUGACCACCUCAGAUUGAGCAUUGACUUGCUGGUCAGUCAAGUAGCAACUCAUUGACCUACCGCUGCCUAUGCAGUUUUUAGGCUAUAAUUUACGUAACACACACAUCUUCUGGAAAAAAAAAAGUGAUAGGCUAAAAUUAUUUUUUGUCCGUGGAAGCUUGUUUAUGCUUGGAUAGCCUAUCUGGGUGUGAUUGUUUUCCUAUCACUAAGCUUCUCCCUUGGGGCCUUAGAGUUCCUUAAGCGUAAAUUCAAUCUGCUAGGCUACUGUCAGUCCUCAGAGUAGGCUAUCAUGAAUUACAGGAUAACUUGGCCUUCUAAAACCACUGUGAAUAGAUGGCAUGGCAGCAAUGUUUAGUAAUUCGUGCUCCCUGCUAUGUAGUAGCCUAGGCCCAAAUAUUGUUUAUGAAUUGGCUUACCCAUUUGGCUUUGAUUUGGCUUCUACAGUUAAGUCUCCUUAGGUGUGGCUGUGAGAGUUACCAAAUGCUAGACACUUUUACACUUAAUGACAAAUUUAGUGUCACAACUACCAGAACCUUGGUCUGACAAUUGUAAGAAUCCCUUGUAGCCUACUCGUAUGUUUAACUCUAUUCUUCAACUUUAAUCUGUGCCAAUGAAAUUCACAUCCAAGUUAAGGUACAGUUUAUUACCCACUUGAACACAAGCUACUUUGUAGUUUAACUGGGGGAAACUGUGUAACCUCGUCACUCUUCAGCUCCUUCCUGUCUCUCCCUAUCCAAGAAUAACACCCUGCCGUCUUCAGGUCUGUACCAGGGACAUGCUCUGCAGUCCCGAACACUGAAAAGCAUUGUGCCAACCAGGAAGUGCCUCUAUCAAAAGAACUGGACUGUUAUGAAAUGAAUAUGCUUUUUUAUAUGCAUUUUUACAUGCACAAUUCAAAUGUUUCUGUAUUGACAAUUUAGUGUACGGUAUUUUUUUGCCAUUGCAUGUAGCCUGUUGCCAUUGUUGUAUGAUGUAAUGGUUGAAGUUUACCUAUCAAAGGUCCAAGACACAA